AUGUCCGCGUCAAACGAUAGUCUCCCAUUUGGAGAUGGAGCUUCUAAAAUAUUUGGAAUGGAGAAUUUUGGAAAUACGUGCUAUUGUAACUCAAUUCUCCAGUGUCUAUAUUAUACUGAAUCUUUUCGAAAGAGUUUAGUUCAGCACAAGCAAACUAAACAUGAACCCAAAUUGGUUGUGAAUGGUGUUAAAUUCCAUGGAUUCACAGCAAAGUAUGAUCAGCUAUUACAGAAAAAGUUGAAAGAACAAGGAAAUGUACCAAGCAUAAACUCAGAAGAGAGGCCAAAGCUGAGUCGAAAAAGUUCACUUUUUGGCUUAAAGUUUAACAAUUCUACAAAUGUUGCCUCUACGGUAGUCGAGGAAGAAACUAAUAAUAAUAAUAAGUUUAUAGAAAAAGCUGGUGUUUGUGAGGCUUUGCCUUUGGAGCAAAGGAUUCUUAUCAGCAAAAAUCCCGAGUUUUGGAAGUUGGAUGUGUUGAUUACAAGACCGACAUUGAAUCAAGCUCAAGCUGCAGCAGCAGCAAAGGCCGGUAAUGUCUCAAACACAACUGAAGUUGGUAAUGGUAACGGUGGUCUUGUCAUCAAUAGCAGUGGCAGUACCAUGGACUAUUCUCAAAGCUCAUCGAUGCUAUUGAACGAUCAACCACUACAAACGACUCAAGAGGGAACAGUUAAUACUAAAUCUAGCGCUAUUAUUGUGGGUAUACCGAAGCCCGAGGCAAAUCUUGUUAAUCCAAUCAAUGCUUUCAGUGUCAACCCAAAUGCAGAUCAGCGGAAACGAUCAGCAUUGAUCAAUGGACCCAUCAUCAACCUCGACACAUCUUUGCAAUUGCCCAAUGACCAAAGAGAAGAAACCGUACUAUUAUAUGCUUUAAAAGAUAUGUUUGAAAGCAUGAUUGAGAACAAAUCAACGAUAGGCGUGGUUUCUCCAAAUUACUUUAUAACAAAGUUAAAGGAGAAAAAUUACCUAUUUAAACAAAACAACAUGCAUCAUGAUGCUCACGAAUUUUUCAACUAUUUAAUCAAUGAGAUCAUAGAAAGCAUAAACAGGGAAUUAGGACCAUCUGCGAAUUGGUGCAAUAAUAUAUUUCAAGGCUUGAUUACUAAUGAAACCAAAUGUUUGUCUUGUGAGACUGUAACAUCAAAACAUGAACAUUUUUUGGACUUAUCUAUUGAUAUUCCUUCUGGUGAUAGUGCUUAUUCCUUGAACUUUUCCUUGAACAAUUUUUCCAAAUCAGAAACAUUAACAAAUCAAAACAAAUUCCAUUGCAAUACAUGCUCAUCACUACAAGAAGCUGUAAAAACUAUAAAAAUCAAGAAAUUGCCCGAGGUUCUUGUCAUUAAUUUGAAGAGGUUCAAAUAUGACGAAAAAAUCGGUAAAAUGGUCAAGCUUUUUGACUCCAUCAGCUAUCCCUUUAAGUUAAGAUUAUUCAAUACGACCGAUGACUUUCAUGAUAAUGUGUUAUACGAUCUUUAUGCUUUAGUUAUACACAUUGGAGGAGGGCCAAUGCAUGGACAUUAUGUCUCAAUCUGUAAGAUCAAGGCUGGACUUUGGUUGCUUUUUGAUGAUGAAACAGUGGAGUUGGUUGAGGACAAUUAUGUGAUGAGGUUUUUUGGGAAUGGGCCAGGAUUAGCUAGUGCAUACAUCUUAUUUUACCAGAAAUUGCAAUUUGACGAAAGUGCCGAGUAUCUUGGAUUUGACCCAACGACAAUGUACAACGGAGAAGAAUUUGAUGUUUCUAUACGUAACGGUAACGGCACAGUGAGCACAACAGACCAAGAAUCAAAAACCACCACCACUGGUUCUGCCAACGAUGUUGACACAAGAUCUGAUUUGUCCUCGCUAAACUCAUUCACGGGGCCAAACGAAACUAAAAAGCCAACUUCGUCUUCAAGUGAUGUGUUUAAAAGCUUCAGAUUUGAGAAAAACGAUGACAAAGGUGCACAAUCUUCUUUAUCAAGACGCAGCAGCGGUAACGAUAUUGCAACUUUGAACCAGGAAAACGUUAAAGAGGUUAAAGAGAAAAAAUCGUGGAUUGGGAGCUUCAAACGUACAACUUUGGAAAAGAAGCAAUCACUUGUCUCGGGGGCUUCAAAGUCAGAGUUGGACACUGGUAAUAGUUCCGGAGUAGCACAAACAAUUCCUCCUCCCCCUUUAGAAAAAAGAAGGAGCUUGUUUGGUUUUAAGAAGAAGAGUUAA